CGUUGAGCUUUCAGGAAAAAAAACAACAAAAACAACUUUGAAACUGCUUAUUGAACUACUUACCGUUCCUGCCGGUGUCCCCCCUGCCUUGGCUAAAAGGGUGUUCUGCGCUCACACCUCCAUGCAACAAAGCAGUCGAGUAAAACGAUGAUUGGCGGCUACCGUUCUUCUGGCGGUGAGAUAGUAACGUCGAGUAAGCUCGCCAUUUGCGCGCCAGCAUGCAGUCUGCAGCUCCUGUCUUACAUGAGACCGUGUGAAAGAUUUUUGGGGGGCAAAGGAGACGCAGAGGAAAGCUCGACAAUAUUCAUCCUUAGUUGAUUUUAUUGUUUAACUCGUUUGUUGGAUUUGGGCAACCUUUGCGUGCGGGGAUCAAGCAUGACACAAUGCGCCGGUGUCUUUUCACCUUAACUCUUGCUCCUCGUCGGGUCCGUGCAAAGUGGUGGAUUUCCCCCCAAGCGGAGCCUCUGCGAUGGGACGGGGUGCAGUGAUUCUCAAAGGAGAGGCAUCCCGAGAAAGUGAAGUGACGGCGGUGCAGUGAGCGCCCACCCGCUGCUUUUGAUGCCUCCUCCGACGUGGAGCUUGUCGCUGUCCGACGCGCGACCGGUGCUGAAAUUUGGAUGAUGCCUGGCCAGCGUCUGCAAGGCUGCCGCUCCCUGCACUUGAACGAGGACAACGGCCGCUUCGUGCUGCUCGCGCUCCUCAUCAUCCUUUACUUGCUGUGCGGCGCUGCGGUCUUCUCGGCCAUCGAGCGGCCCUCCGAGCUGCGCGUUCACGGCCGCUGGAACGGGACGCUCCGCAACUUCAGCGAGACCUUCAACAUCAGCCUGGGGGAGCUUAAUUCUUUCCUGCGGCAGUACGAAGCGGCCAUCGCCGUUGGGAUCAGAGCUGAUGCUCUCAGACCACGAUGGGAUUUUACAGGGGCUUUUUACUUUGUUGGAACUGUGGUGUCAACAAUAGGUUUUGGAAUGACAACACCUGUGACAGUUGCAGGCAAAGUGUUCUUGAUCUUCUACGGGCUCCUGGGCUGCGCUGCCACGAUCCUCUUCUUUAAUCUCUUUUUGGAGCGUAUCAUCACACUGCUCGCCGUUGUCAUGAAAGCUGUGAGGGAAAGGCGGAUCAGAAACAGCGGCCUCCUCCCACCGGGGGUUCAGCGGGACUUCUCGGCUUUCUGUCUCUCCGGGUGGAAACCCUCGGUUUACCAUGUCAUGCUGAUUCUAGGCCUAUCAGCGAUUACCAUCUCCUGCUGUGCUUCGGCAAUGUAUACCCCCGUGGAGGGCUGGACCUACUUAGAUUCACUGUACUUCUGCUUCGUGACCUUCAGUACCAUCGGCUUUGGGGACUUUGUUAGCAGUCAAACAGUAGCUUAUGAAUACCAAGGCCUCUACCGGGUGGCCAACUUCCUCUUCAUGUUAACAGGAGUGUGCUGCAUCUACUCGCUCUUCAAUGUCAUCUCCAUUGUUAUCAAGCAGGUGCUCAACUGGAUGCUGGAGAAGAUGAGCUGCUUGUUUUGCCAGCGUUGCAAUAAGGCUAGCACCUUCCUGGGCAGACGUAAUGCCAUCCGGCCGGGUUCCAAGGGUCGCCAUCCGCCAUACAUGGAAGGACCGUGUGACAGUGACACUGAGGGACGCAGAAUGUCUGGGGAGAUGAUAUCGAUGAAAGACUUGGCUGCUUCCAACAAGGUAUCGCUGGCCAUCAUGCAGAAGCAGCUUUCUGAGUCAGCCAACGGGUAUCCCAGGACGGUGUGCGGCACCUCACGCCACAACGGUUUCUCUGGGGGAGUGGGUGCCUUGGGCAUCAUGAACAACAGACUGGCAGAAACCAGUAACUCCAGGUAGAGGAUUACCAAGACACUGUGAGUCCACAUGCGGUUGAAGAAACCCUAAUUGGAAGUCAACAGGUUAAAACCCAAACCCACUGGACUGUUUGGAUUAAUGUGGUUUGAAUUUCCACUGUGAUGACAGGGAUCCUUGACUAGCAAAUGUUGACGCCAUAAAGAGACAUCAAGCAGCAGGGUAAAUUACUCCGGACAAGUGAUAACCACCAAACACGCAAAAUGGGAUCUGCGCGCUCUGUCCAUGGGAAUGACACAUAAUAGGGCCAAGGGGAGCAUAUGGAGCAAUGUCAGAUGUCUGUUUGUAUGUAUAUACGAAUGCCCAUAAUCAGCGAUGACACUAACAUUUAAGUAUAAUAACUGGAUGUUACGGCCCAUACCAAUCUAUGCAUUAUACAUCUCAUGCAUAAUUUUUUGCACCAUGUCUAUACUUUCUCUUGACUUUACGUGUUAUCUUGAUGUAAGAAUGGCAGAAAAGGAAUUUAUAAGCAUGAUGUAGCAGAUUUGUUGGAGUUGCACUGGGAGGAGUUUCCACCGAAAAGGCAUCAAAGAGACAUCGUGCUUUUCUCUCUUGCUCGCAGUGGAGAAAAGACUGCGGUUUACAGAACGAAAGUCCGCAGUGGAGAAAAGACCGCGGUUUACAGAACGAAAGUCCAUUUCUCGAGAGAGUCACCGGCCUUCUUAUCAGCUCUAAACACGCUUCUGUGGCCAAAGACUUUGACUUCAAGGGUAAGAGAGGUACCUCCCAACGUUUCCUCUCUUCGCUAACAGCUGUGUGUGGAAAGGAAAACAAAUGUUCAAGACUUGCAAUAUAUGAAACACUCUUGUACUGAGGAAAUGUACAUGUGGAAAAAAACAACAACAAAAAAAUAACCCAAUAAAUGAGAUGUACGUUUUUGUUUGUCGGAAGGCGAUGUGAAGGAGGUAAGUGGGUUUCGAUUGCAGGCGCAUUAUAUGCUGAAUGAUGCACAUUGAAGAAUGCUAGGCCGGUCUAAAGUGGGAAACAAAACCCUGAAGGAUUCACUUAGUCGCAUUGAUUUCUCCUUUUCUGGGUAUUUGCUGCUUUCGUCAAGGGAGGUAUCAUUGCAGAUUCAUGUAUCUCUUUCACUCUCUCUCUCUCUCUCUCUCUCUCUCUCUCUCUCUCUCUCUCUCUCUAAAACAAAUGUGACCCAAAAGCCUGCAGAGUUUGAUCUUCCUGCUGCUUUCAGUCUUAAUGUGCUGGCAAGGAUUAAUGGCUCAGGAUGUUUGGAGAGUGUAUUGUGCCACCUUGUCAGACUUCCCGAUCAAUGUCCUUAUUGCCAGCGAGUGUCUUCUCCAAGGCAUCUGUGAUUUAAAGCUGCACGAUUAUGUUUGAUGUUCACAUACAGACACAAAAGAGGUUUACAGUAAAGGGGUGGCGGGCAGUGGCAGCAGGGGCAAUAAAAGAUUUCUGUCAGGUCCAGAUUCAUGCCACUGCAAAUCAAUAGCCACAGGCUUGGUCUUUCCUGGCAGAUUUGACUUCUGGAAAAUCCCGAGCCACAUGGAUCACACAUAGCACCAUAGCUUGGCUUACCUUUCCGCUCAUGAUCAUCUGCCUCAUUGUCAACACAAGAGAAAAUAAGCGCGUUGCACAACGUCAUCAGAUUAACAUAGAUAUCAGCGUCUGAAUAUAUAUAUUUUUUUACAUUUAUGCCGGAUGCACAGUCUCACACUAUGAUAUUACAGCAUAAACACAGGUAGAAAAUUGGGUCCAUUUAUGUUUUGACAGAUAUAUGCAACGUGGAACCGUUCUGGUCAACAUUAGAAUACGUUUUCCAGACGAAAUAUUUCGAAUUAUAUUGAAUUGAACGUGAUCAAAGUUCAAACUCUCACCAUAAAAAAACCCAUAUAAUAUUAUUUACAUUACAUUUACAUCGAACAUAAGCGUUCACAGAGGUGCAGGGUUUCAUUCCAAUUCCAGCCUUCCUGUGUUGAGUUUGCAUGUCCCCGUGCCUGUCUGGGUUUUCUGCAUCUCUUCCGGUUUACUCUCACAUUCCCAACAUGCAUGGCAGGUUGAUUGGGCACUCCAAAUUGUUGAAUGAUUGUUCAUCUAUGUGUGCCUUGCGAUCGGCUGGCAACCGGUUCAGAGUGUACCCCGCCUCCUGAACAGAGAUAGCUGGGAUAGGCGCCAGCACGCCCCUUGUGAGGCUAAGCGGAUUUGAAAAUGGAAGGAUGGAUGAAUGGAUAGGGUAACAUGCCAUAUUUCUCGGGAAGCUUUUCACAUUCUUAUAGUUCAAAUAUAAGCCAGCUACUGUGAACAAAACAAGCGCAAAAUAAAUAACUCUUUCACCCUUUACUUUGAUGAUGAGUGACAGAUGUGGUCAUGAAGUGCAUAUGGAGCAUAUGGAAAGGUGGUGAGUCUCUUCAUAUGAAUUCUCAACACGCCUUCCUCUCCGGUCCAUAUAAAGAUCCUCCUCUUAUAUUUUUGAUUUCAACUUAAUAUUAGUCGUAUCCAGGCCAGAUAUGAUUGUAGGCUGCUGCUUUCCCAAUAAAUCUAAUUUCUAGUUCAUCGCGGUUUUUUCUCCUCUUUGCUAUCGCUGGUUCCAUAUUUUGGUUAUUAGAGAGGCUUCACUGUGCACAGACUUUGACUUUAUUCUUCAUUAUUAAAUGGAAGAAUUUCAGCAAAUGACUCAGGUGGUAAAAAUUUCAUUCUGUCAUGAUAAGGCCAAACAAUACGUACAGUAUGAAUGAGAAAG